AUGAUGUUCCUUCUUCUUUAUGUUGAUGAUAUGCUUCUGACUGGUAACAAUCUUAUACUCGUCAGUACUCUGCUUGCUCAUCUCAACAAGGAAUUCAGAAUGAAAGAUUUGAGAGGCCUGCAAUAUUUUUUGGGCAUACAAGCUCAUUAUCACUCUGAAGGACUCUUUCUUCAUCAGGAAAAGUAUGCUAUGGAUUUGUUGGUCGCUGCAGGCAUGGCUGAUUGCACUCCAAUGCCUACUCCUUUACCUCUGCAACUUGACAAAGUGCGUGGAAAGGAAGUCCCUUUCACUGAUCCGACUUAUUUUCGAAGCCUAGCUGGCAAGCUUCAGUAUCUCACCUUAACAAGACCCGAUAUGCAAUUUGCUGUGAAUCUUGUAUGCCAGAAAAUGCACUCGCCUUCAAUGGCUGAUAUUUAUCUCCUUAAGAGGGUCAUGCGAUAUCUCAAAGGCACAGUCAGUAUGGGACUCAACAUUUACUCUGACACUGAUUCCACACUUCGAGUGUAUAGUGACAGUGACUGGGCUAAUUGUAAAGAAACAAGACGGUCUGUCGGUGGUUUCUGCACCUUCCUUGGCUCAAACAUCAUUAGUUGGUCUGCCAAGCGCUACCCCACUGUAUCUAGAUCCUCGACUGAAGCUGAAUACAAGACUCUCUCUAUCGCUGCAUCUGAACUAAAGUGGAUAUCUCUGCUUCUUCGAGAAACUGGUGUCUCUCAACCAAUCACACCAGAACUAUAUUGUGAUAAUUUAUCUGCUGUUUACUUGACUACAAAUCCUGCAAUGCACAAUUGCUCCAAGUCUUUUGAUGUUGACUUUCACUUUGUUAGAGAACGAGUGGCCUUGGGAGCUUUGGUGGUCAAGCAUGUUCCUGCUGAAUAUCAACUUGCUGACAUCUUCAAGAAAUCUCUUCCUCAGCAGCCAUACUUUGAUCUGCGAUACAAACUUGGCGUUGUCUUACCUCCUACUCCAAGUUUGAGGGGGUGUAUUAACCAAGACCCUACAGUUCAAACAGAAGGUAUCUCCUCUUCUGCUUUUGAAUCUCUUAAGGCCUCAACUGAGAUGGGCAUCAAACACAUUACCGAGCCCAUUACCAAGUCCACCUCUAUAUCUUGCAACGGUAACAAGGCGCUAACAAUUUAUCUGUUGUUUACUUGA